GUUGGAGAGGAUGUGACAUCAGGCACAUCUCUCGCUUCGCUGGGUCGCUGGCUGCCUACCAGGGCAGUCAGGGAGCCGUUUCGUUAAAUCCCAACCCAGGUACUCGAGUUUCUGCACAAAGUGCUGUCGGCACCACAUCCCAGUCUGCUGCAAGGUCUGUUUGACUCGUGCGUGCAGAGUCUGCUUAAUAGAUCACUCCCACUGCUGGGGGCUCACCGGGACGAUGGAAUUUGAACUCCGGAGACCAACCGCGAAGUGAAAAAACAGAAAUUGGACAGACGGGGCUGAGAUGGAUGAUGAGGGAACAAAUCAAAGCGCCAGCAAAUUGCAAGGAGCUGGAGGCCAGGCAUCUGCAACGUCUCUAUCGAACCCACUGAUGAGGGACUUUGUUUCAGACUGGUCUCCUUUGCACGAUGCCUCUAUCCACGGGCGUCUGCUUACUCUGAAGAAACUCAUCAAACAGGGGAGCGAUGUUAAUCUUGUUACAGCAGACCAGGUGUCUCCUCUUCAUGAAGCCUGCCUAGGGGGUCAUGCUGCUUGUGCCAGUGUCCUAUUAAAACAUGGUGCUCAGGUGAACGGAGCUACUGUCGACUGGCACACUCCGUUGUUUAGUGCUUGUGUCAGUGGCAGUGUGGCUUGCUUGAAUUUAUUGCUGCAGCACGGAGCCAGCCUACACCCGCCCUGUGACUUGGCAUCCCCCAUCCAUGAAGCUGCUAAGAGAGGUCAUGUGCAAUGUGUCGAAUUCCUUGCAUCCCGUGGGGUAAAUAUAGAUCACAACAUCAAGCAUCUGGGUACUCCGCUUUAUGUAGCUUGUGAGAACCAGCAAGUGAACUGUGCCAAGAAGCUUCUUGAGUCAGGAGCAAAUGUGAACAGCGGCAAGGGCCUGGACUCCCCUCUGCACGCAGCCGCCAGGAAUCGCAGUGCAGAGCUGGUGACACUGCUGAUUGACUUUGGAGCGGACAUUUGGGUGAAGAAUGACGAAAGCAAGAGGCCGAUGGAGCUGGUGCCACCCGGCAGUCCUGUGGGCCGACUGUUCCUGCAGAAAGAAGCUGUGGAGACUCCUGCAAGAGUGGGCUUGGUGUGCAAAAACCGUGACAACAUCAUUAACGCCAGCAGUGAGAUAUACGGAGUCCUCAUCUCGUAAGUGGAGAGACGGGCAGCCUUCAAAUACACAAACUUAUUUUGAUGUUUACUAGUGUGCUGGUGUGUGAGGUGCAAGCCUUCCUUUCACAUAGGGGAAGUUAAAGAGGAUGGGUCAAAUGCUACCUGGAUGCUCACAUCUGGUGUAAAUUACAAUUCAAAUCCUCGGCUGGACAACGUUACUGCUCCCUAUAGGUAUCCAGUAUGAUGGUUUCAUUUUCUUGUGCUGACGAAACACAGCAAAAGCAGUUCUCUUGGUUUUGUGGGAUACUAAAUGUACCCUAAUGGGACAAAGGGACAAACGCCAUUAGGUCUGGAACUCCCCUUAUGAUAGAGGCACCUAAAAAUCUUCACUUAUCUGACCCGAUUCAUCACACAUAAUUUGAGCCAUGUAAAAAUUCACUGGCUGGUUUAAGAUGGCCUUCUAUAUUCUUUCCCUCCUGCUGGGGAAGAAACAUAGACACCAGUCUUCAUAGGCUGAAUAAAAGCAGGCAUCUUGGAUGGGAAAGGAGGAUCUUUCUAAAAUCAGUAUCUUGGUUAAGCUGAAUUUGCAUUGAACAGGCAAGGAAAGGACAACGAUCCUAGUGCUUAACUUUUGAAGAUUAAAGUGUGAAGAAUCCCUGCUUGGGUGACAUAUCUGAAAGCUGAAGAUCCAGCUUAUUAUAUUUCAGAUGAUGAAGAACCAUUUUUUUACAUACUAGUUUUAUCAUUUACCCUUAAGCAUCUUAUUUUGUAACUUUAGCCCAUGGGUUUAUAGGAGUAAUGCUAAUACCAGGAGAAAAUUGCUCUUAGAAAAUGGUGAGAGUGUUGCUUCUAGAUUGCUUUUCUUCUGGAAAUUUCAUAGUGUGACUCUGUUUACUUGAAUACCUCUGAUCAAGUGUAAUUAGGAUGAAUUCUGUAUGCUCAGCGUGUACCAUCUCAGUAUGUUUGCUUAUUUAUUUUAAUAUAAAUUGUGAUCAACACUGGCAAAUUACAGCUUUAUGCAUCAUUUAUCCAGUUAUAAACUGUAAAAGUUGUACAAGAUGCAAACUGAAUAAGCUCAUAUAGGUGAGGUUUGGAUCUUCUUCUCUGUUUGAAACCAUUCCAAAUGUAAUGCAGGACUUGAAAGAUUGUCAGGAAUGUAUUUUACCAGAUUCUUUGCUAUUAUUUUGUUAGGAG